CGCCCGGUACCGCCGCGAUGGAGCCGCCGGGCACCGCCGGGGCACCGGGGCGGCCCUGGGACGAAGCCAAGGCUUUCUACGACAACCUCGCCCCCAAGAAGAAGCCUAAAUCGCCGAAGCCUGAGAAUGCCAUCACCAUCGCAGUGUCAUCACGGGCGCUUUUCCGCAUGGAAGAGGAGCAGAAGAUUUACAAUGAGCAAGGGGUGGAGGCCUAUGUGAAAUACCAACUGGACCAUGAGAACGAGCCUUUCCUCCCCGGGGCUGCCUUCCCCUUCGUCAAGGCACUGGAAGCAGUGAAUGCGAAGCUACGCGAGCUCUACCCCGACAGCGAGGAGCUCUUUGACAUCGUCCUCAUGACCAACAACCAUGCCCAGGUUGGGGUUCGCUUGAUCAACAGCAUCAACCACUAUGAUCUGUUCAUCGAGAGGUUCUGCAUGACAGGAGGGAACAGCCCCAUCUGUUACCUUAAGGCCUAUCACACCAACCUCUACCUCUCCUCUGAUGCUGAGAAAGUGAGUGGGGCCAUUGAAGAGGGAAUCGCUGCAGCCACCAUCUUCAGCCCCAGCAAAGACCUGGAGGUGUCAGAGAACCAGCUGCGGGUAGCAUUUGAUGGUGAUGCUGUGCUUUUUUCAGAUGAGUCAGAACAGAUCGUGAAGGCUCAUGGCUUGGACAUGUUCUUUGAACAUGAAAAGGCUCACGAGAACAAGCCUCUGGCACAGGGACCCCUGAAGGGCUUCCUGGAGGCCCUGGGGAAGCUGCAGAAGAAGUUCUAUUCCAAGGGGCUGAGGAUGGAGUGUCCCAUUCGCACCUACCUGGUCACUGCCAGGAGUGCGGCCAGCUCGGGAGCCCGGGCCCUAAAGACUCUGCGCAGCUGGGGACUGGAAACGGAUGAGGCUUUGUUCCUGGCCGGGGCUCCCAAGGGGCCACUGCUGAGGAAGAUCCGUCCCCACAUCUUCUUCGAUGACCAGAUGUUCCACGUGGAGGGAGCCAAGGAGAUGGGCACGGUUGCUGCACAUGUCCCCUAUGGUGUUGCCCAGAAGCCCAAGCGGCCAGCGCAGGAGAAGCAAACCCCGAACAGCAAGUAGUGGAGCUGGCUGGUCCCACGGCUCCCGGCAUGUGGCACAGACCACAGCAUGUACCACACUCUGAUCUGGGUUGUGUUCUGCAAGGCCAGAGCGCGUUUGCCUUGGCGAGUGCGUGGUUAUUCUCUGUCAGGAGCACGGGUGGAGGAAAGGCUGACAAAAGGCUUCCUUUCACCUCCGUAUUCAUUGUGAUGUUGUCCCCUGGAGGCUCCCCUGCACCCGGCAGCUCCAUGAGCCUGCUUUCCCAUUCAUCCAUGCUCGGCACUUGCUUAGGGCAAAAUCCCUCGAGGAGGGAUCUCACCUUUUGUGGGCUGUUCGUGCUAGGCAGGUUUAACCUAUUGGUGUUUCUUUAGAAGCCCAGGUAAUUCCCAAAGCCUUUGAUUUACAAAGCAAAUGUUCAGAGUGAACUGUUGAACUGGAAAGUUGGGAGAACUCAAAAACCCUUCUUGCAGCUUUGAAACAAAACAUUGUCCCUUUUAAGUAAAAUUAAAUCAUAACAUUGUCCCUUCACAGCCUCAACCCCUGCUCCCCAACCAGAAAAUCUUUCAUAUCUUUGUCCUUUCACCAAGCCUUUGUCGGAUGAACUGCCUUCCUUCCACACAUCACAUUUUGGAAAAAUAGAUACAAAUGCUUAUAUAUGAUAAAUAGAAAUCCUAUUCCCUGCUUGAAGCUUUGGGCCAGGGUAUUGUUGGCCCAGGGUUUUAAGUUGGGGUUUCAUGGUUGUGUGAGUUAGCACUUCAAUAAGCUCAGUGAGGUGUCCAAAGCUCAGCUCUGCAUGAGCCGGGUCUGCAGACACGCCUGGGGCUUGAAUUAAGUUAAAAGCUGUCCCUAAUAUAUUAGGGACAUAAUUUGAAGUCCAUUUAGGUAAAUCUACAGAGAACUUCAGCCUAGGGGAUUUAAUUAAAGGAUUCCCCUCCCUCCUCUCUAGACUGAGCCAUAUGAGUUGAUAAUCUUUCUCUUCAGCUUCUUAGAACCUCUGGUGUUUCCUAAAAUAGACACCUCUGCUAGUGAUGCUCUGAGAGAGCUAAGUCCCUGAUUAAAGAACAGGAAGAGAAAUCAACUGGAGAGCUGCUCUGACAUCGGUGUGACAAUCACACUGACGUUACUGCACAAAGCCCUGACCCAAAGGAUGCUCUCAGAGUGAAAAUGUAAGGAUUACUUCUUUCUUGUGGGUUGUUUUUCCUUUCAGGCCGCACACCGCAUGGUUGGGCACAGAGGAUGCCCAGUGCUAUCAGUUUUCUGCAAACACCAGCUCCAUGGGCUGAAGUUUUCCCAGAUGUUUUCUGCCUCUGCCGUGACUUUGCAGGGAGGUUUCAGCUGAAGCAGCUCAGCCCUUCCCGCCUGCGAGGCCAGAGCUCAGUUUAUCACACUCUGACAGAUGUAUAAACAAGGUAGUGAUGCCUUUGGUGGGGCAGGAGCCUAUUUUCUCAUUGUGCUAAACCCUGCUCUAGCACUGAAAAGCAAAUUGUGCUUUCCCGCCUGAGACAUUUCACCUUGACAAAGUGUUAUUUGUCACGUCUGGGUGACAAACACCUCGGAGGAAGGUUUGAAAUCCAAACAAAAUAUCUUGAAAGAAAUUAGUAUCUCAGUAACACAUCUAUUAAUAUAAAGAUUUAUAAAAAGGUCUUUCUAAUGUGAACCCCAGAUUUUGGGAUCGGAACUGCAUCUCAGAGACCUUUUUGGCAGCUGUGAGGAAGAUAAGAGUCUGGCCUCCUAGUAAACAUUUCCAAGGUGUUUCCUGAGGAUCGCUUGGUGGAAGCUCAGCCAAGCUCAGCUCACAGAUGGGCUGCACCGGGGCCUCCUGACAGCCCGAGAGAUGAUGUUCCAAAAGGAAUAGGGAUGUCAGCAAGUCCUUGGGAAUGCCCAGCCAGGGCAGGGUGCUGAUGAGUGACAGUCUAGUGAGGUAGAGGGUGCAGGCACAGUGGCUGGGAAUGGGUGCUUGCACUGGGCGCCAUGGGGGAUGUGUGCUUUGGAUGAGGGGGUGGCAGGGCUGGGCUGGGCAGGAGGAGGUGCCCUGUGUGAAGGCACUGCUGGCAUCAGGGAGGUGAUGUGUCGUGGUCUUGGGGAUGGGCCCUAGAUCUCUGCAGCUUUUGCUGCUGUCUUUCCAGACCAUGAGUUGCACAGGAAGCUCGGUGCGAGCUGCAGGCAGAGCACAGCGCAAGCAGGAGUUUUAGUGACGCUGCUUAGGGCUCUGCUGCUAAAGCAGCUUAGAGGCUUGCUGGGAGACAUAGGGCUUGGGAAACAGGCCCCAGAUCUCCCUUUGUACCUCCUGAGGUCUUGCACAGGGAGGAUUUUCCCUUGCUGUGAUGGCUGCCCCAUUUGCAUUUAUCCACAUGGCUUCUUACAGUUUUUUUUUCCUCCUCCACUGCUACAACUGGCAGACGUGGAUUUGCUGCUUGUGUGCUUUCCUUGUGUGCCCACCCGUGACAUCCUUUGGGGCUGGGGAAUGGUAUGGUCCCCAGGACUGGCUGGGUACGUCUCCUUUCCCAGUGAGCUGGUGUGGUUGAGCCUCUUGUGCUGCGCUGGCUGGUGGCUGGAUUUUGCUGUGUUGUUGCUGUGGGUUUCACUUCAUUGUCCUUCAGUGGUUUUUCUGGUGAACAGACUGCCAUGUUAAUGAAAUCCCUCUGCGUGUUUUUCUGUAAUAAACUGUGUUGGUCCCAGCCCAGCUCUCUGCUGCCGUUUUCACAAUGGGUACUUUGGCUCCCUGGUGCAGCCAGCAGGAGGGUUUGGGGUCUCAGCUUGGGACCUCCCAGGUUUUCUGGUGAAGGAACAGGCGUGAUGAGAAGAAAAAGGGCUUUUGGGGAUUUAAGGGGAUUCAGAAGAUGUAAUAAAAGCAGCUACCUGGGAACUUGAAACCUGUGGGUGAGGUGGGAUUCUAGAGUUGAGUGAUGUGCUGUGAUGCAGCUACAUCUCUCUGCAUCAUGAAUAGGCUUUUAUUGUAACCUAGGCUCAUGAUGAAGGCAAUACAAUUUAGCAGAAGACUUUUGUCAACUUGAUCUUCUCCCAGCCAACAGGUGGGAGGCAGCAAAAGCUUUAUAGAGGAGAUUUAUUGCUGCUGAAGUACCAGGUUUAUCCAAAUAGUGACACUGUGGUUCUAGUGUUGGCUCCUCCCUGCUAGUAAGGGUAACAGAUGGGUUAAGGAGAAGCAAAAAAUUCUUCAUCUGUCACCAAAUAUAGCUAAGGAAUGUCCAUAGGCUCCAGGGCAGCAUCUCUGCUGCGGGUGUUAAUUUAAGAGAUGGAUGGCCCUUGGCAGAGAGCGUUUUCAUUUGCUGGGGAUGCUCAUCCCCGGUCCCACAUGUUCUUCCACCAGGUGCCUGGAGAAGCACUGAUGAGGCAGAUGUUGCACCCGUGAAAGUCCAGGUGGGCCCACCCAGCCUUGAGAGGUCAGGAUGCCUGUUGCAAAGCCAAGAGCUGGCUCUGACGUUCAUGCAGACUCCCCCGAGCCACUGACUCACUCUUGCGGGUCAGCGUUAGUGCUGCAGCCAAGGAGCCAGCUAGUCACAGAGAGACAAGGGCAAUGAGAGGUUUGCAGAGAGAUGGGGAGGUUUGUGCAGUUUUAUUGCUGGUUUGCUGCAAGUCUGAAUUUUUGUUUCUGUUGCCUGUAUUCUGAGCUUUUUCUUUCAUCAGGCAUAGAAGGGCUUUGCAGUGAGUGUGCUUUAAAAUAAAGGAUAUGGAGGAGGAGAAAGCAGAGGCAGAGCUGACAGAGAAUUUUGCUGCCACUCAGCUAUUGUCGGCGCAGAUGUUCACGAGGUAAUCACGGCCUUUGAAGAGCAAGAACGUCUUUUCAUGACAAACCCAGAACUUAACCCCAAGAUCUAGUGGAGCUUCUUGGUGAGGGUGUGAUGCUUCUGCUCACCAGCUGCACGGCAGGGAGGUCUGGCAGUGUGGACUCUGCUCUCCUGGUCAUGGACAUACGGCAAGUCAGGACACCUUCCUGCCUCAGUUUCUGCAUCACUGUAACGGAGAUCAGAAGGUAAUAUCAGUCAGGAGGGUGGCUCCAGUUCCUUGCAGAAGACAAGCAUAAAUCCAGGAGUGCUCUGAUGUAAAGUGAAGCCUCGUAUCUCUGUGGUGAUGCCUGCAGGUCCCAGUGCAUGGGGGCCAUGCAAACACAGGACUGUCCUGACAACGCCAUGGUGUCAGCAGUGACAGGUCCAAGGCUGUGCUGGAGAUGACUCCAGCUUGUCCCUGCAGCGCAUUUCAUUUUACAUCCCUUCUGGAGUGCAAAAUAGGGACCAACAAAGGCGAGCAGGGUUCUGCAGCCAUCCCAGCAGGCUGAAAUGUCGGGGCAGGGGACCUGGUGACAGGUUGACAGAAACACCCGGAGUUGGAAGAAUAGAUAAAAGGACCUGGUGGUGAGAGAACAGGCAAAGGGCACUUGCUAUCAGUGCUAGCGGGGCCGUGCCAGGGUUUGGACAGCCUGACCAUCUUGUUCCUUCGACACCGCUAUUUAUAGCAGUGUUUGCUGACGCCUCUGUCACCAGACCCUAAAAUGGUUCCCCCGUGUGCACCCAGGACACUGGGCUCGGCCAUCCCACGCUGGGAAGGCCACCAACGAAGCAGUGACUCAACGGAGUGUGUGUGAAGCUGCUUGUUGUCCCACUGAUGGAGGAAGCCAGCAUCUCCUCCUGCCAAGAGGCAGCACCGCACUGGGCCAGCUCCUUGGAAGAUGCACCAGACGGUUUCUGUUUAAGGUCUGCCCCCCCGCCAGCAAGAGUCAGUGGGUAAAUAGACCCACCUUCCACCCUGCCUCUUCCUUCCCCCAGAACUGGGGCUUAUCCAGCUCUGUCUGGGGCCAGUGGUUUCCACAGCUUGAUGCUGGUCCUUAAGGUAGUUAUGGGGAUUGCCUGUGCUGGUGGGAAUAACCCUUCAGUUACUGGGCUGGAACAAAAUGCAGCAGGGCAAAGACUGCAGAACAAAUAUGUCUCGUUCCCCUCCUGCAGAUUUGCCUUUUAAAAAACUCCUUCAUUUUCCCAGUUCUGCUCAGGCCAGUGAAUGACGGAGGCAGAGAUCUCUCUGUCCUGGCAUUUUCCCAUUCCUGCAUCGCAAACUUCGUUACCAGGGCUGCACUUCAAAGCUUUGUUGGCAGGGCUGUGCUGGGUAGGACUGUGCACAUAAUCCUAUGGAGAAGACAGGUCCCCACAGCCCCAGGGCUGCAGAUGCCAGCCCUGCGCUGCUCUGGGCUUGGCAAAACCAGUGCCCAAUGUUCUGAUUGCAUCUCUUGAGAGGAGAUGGCAUUAGUGUUUAGAAAAUACAUAUAAAAAAUUCUCAUAGAUAGCAUCAAGCAGUCCAGCACAUGGGAUGAGACUAAUGCUUUUAUUACCCCUUAGGUCGAGUUGCACAGUUAUUCCUUCUCUCUGUAGCAAAAAAGGAGCUGCAGAUUCCAGGACCAUCUCUGAAUUUCUAAGCUUUGCUCAUUGGGAGCUCACGCCCUGCCGGCUGGCAGUACCCAUGAGCAGCCCCACAGCUGGAACUGGCUCGUGCUGUGUCUGUGUCCUUGUCACCGCGGCUGUCAGCAACGAGCAGUGGUUUCCCCCUCGAGAUAAAGCAAACCCAUUCACGGGAUGCAAGUUUGCAUCUACAGGCAGCAGCCAGUGCUGUCUGUCCCGAAACAAGGGUGGCUUGCAGUCACAACAGGCAGACCACUGCCUAUGAAAUGCUACCCAGAAGCAGCAAAGCUCCGAGCAAGGACCAGCGCCACCUUUAUCUGUGGAAUUGUGUAAGCGGGGAGGAUAAACGAAGGAAAACUUGCUCUGAUUGCUUGGUGUGGGAAACCUGGCUCUGCCAGCCCUGCACAGUGCUGCAGCUGUCAGGAAUUUGUGCAUGGGUGAAAAUGGUCGCAUGUGCUGGAAAUUCAUGUCCAUCCCAAUGGGGAUGUGUUUAGUUCAGGGAAUAGUGGGCUGGUUGCUGCUGCUGCAGCCAUGGGGACAGGGAUGGGAAUGGUUGUGGUGCCAAGCCGGCACCAUGAGAGGGUGUGAAGGGCUGUGGGUUGUGGCAGGAGGGUGCGAUGGUGGCAGGUAUCCUUCAUGGGUCAAUGUGCUCCAAGUGGCAUCGCCACCUUCCAUGACACCACCUGUUACUCCUUCUCCUUGCAAGGCACCAUGUGGGCACCUUGUCUGCCACGCUGACCAGGCUGGGGGUUGCGGGGCCGCCCCACACGGCAUGGCUGGGGUGCGGUAGCCCUUUACUGCUGGCUGCAUAAACAAGCCCUCACUUCCUUGGCGGCCGGCGGCCUCCUCCAGGUGCGGCUGGGAAUCAUUAGGAGCCCUCCACACCGGGCUGAGUGUGGGAACUGGAAGAGAAAGCUGGAGAGAAGCCUUCUUUCAUCUCCCCACUCCCUCCUCCCCCUGCCUCUGCCAAGCCUGGCUUCCUUUUGAAUCCUUUAGCUUGUGCCAAGCGAGGGAGAAAGGGGGGGGAUAAAAAGAAAAAGGGAAGGAAAAAAAAAACCCACAGGAAUGUGUCCAGGGAUCUGGCUUCAUUCAGGCUGCUGAGCCCUGAAUAUCCCAGCUGCCGCUCAGGGAGCCGGAAGGAGGGAGGCCAUGGAGAAGGCAAACAGGGCUGCGGUGUUUGUGGGUGGCUGUUGCCACAGGGACUGGCAAAGGGCUGAGGGGAGAGGGCUCGGCUGUGUGACCAAGCGGGGCUGGAGAAGUGGGAGCGUGUGGGCAGGGCCUCCCAAGUCCCCCGGCGGGGGCGCGAGCUGUGUUUCACUCUGUCGUGGGGACAUGGUGCCCAGACAGACGCCUGGGUGUCGGGUCUGUCUCUCGGCACAAAGGUGACAUGGUUGCUUUCAGGGAGGGCAUGAGGCUGUUCUUUGGCACUUUGGGAGGAUGUUUUUUUUGACUUGCCGAUGACUUUAUUCCCAGCAAAUUAAUAACUUCCUUUUGUGGCAACAGUGUUGACCUCUGUGUGCACGUGUAUGUCGGUGUCUCCCACUGCUCUCCCAACUGUGUUUCCCUCUCUUCCCACCACGCACAGUGGGUCUGUCCUGCUCUCAGUGGAAUUCCUCCAUCCUUGUCCUCAGCUGGGCUUCUUCCAGCAGUGUGUAACCGUCAGACUUGGCCCAACUGCAACAGCCAUUGCCUCGGGAGCACUCUGUCGCGAGGGCUGGGCUCGGCUGUGAACUGAUGAGGUGAGUGCCGGAGGUGGUGGGGAAGCAUGUUGGGUGGCAGGGAAGGAAGGCACAGCUCAGGAAGAAGCUCUUGGCUUUGCAGCCUGUCUGGCAGAGCACUUGGCAUAAUGGGAAAGCAAGCAGGCAAGCGAGCACAUGGGGCAGCCACCAGUGCACGCUAACCUCUGCGCUUGCCUGCACAGGGUGCUGGGGAUGCUGGGCAGCUGCAGGGCAAACCCAGCAUGCCAAACGGGAGCACUGGCCAUCCCAGCUGCUGAAAAUCGCCUUGCACUUAAUCUCGUGGUGGUAUGUGUCACCCAAGAGUACUUGCAUAGCUGUACGCGCUCGCACGAGCCCAUGCACAUGCGCUUGCUGCUCCUCGCAGUGGCAACCUGCUCAUGCGCGCACGGUGGCCGUGCUCGUGCUGCAUGGCCAUUGAGUGUUCACUCCCAUUGCCCUGCACCCCAUUUCCACACCACCCACCUGCGUGGCUGCCUGGAAACGCGCAGGGCUGCCUGCGUGCCCGCCACAGCACAGAUACUACUCUCAUGUAGGCACGCGAUGCAGUGUACAGUAUCGAGAGAUCUUCUGGGAACGCAGUCCAUUCCUCUGGCAGCAUUGUGUUUUGUUCCUUAUUUAUAUCCCUGGGGUGGUACCACAGGUGGGCAAUUGUUCCAGCUGACAGCCUGAAAGGCAAAGAAACAAGAUUUAACUUCCUGCUAUUCAAUUAGAGAAAGUGAGCAUUCAUCACCAGCUGAUGGCUGCUGGCAGGAGGAGUGCAACCCACCACGGUGGGCGCGGGAAAAGCCCUCCUCGGCAGGAAAGCAGUGUGCCGCUGCGGGCACGGCCAGCUCCCCACGCGGCCCUGCUGCCAGGCUGCUCUGCACAGCCUCUAGGUAAGGUUGGAUGCUUCUCCUCCUGUCCUGCACCGCAGGUGAUGUGUUUGGCUUUGGGAAGGAGAUUGCCUGUCCAAAGCAGCCACGUGGAAAGCACCUGCAUGGGUGGGAGGGGACUCUACUUGGGGGGAGCAGCUGGAAAAACGUGAGCUUUCAGCGCUAGAGGGAACAGCAGUGCAGUUGCUUCCAUCCGAGCCAGCCAGAUCACUGCAGGUUCAGCCUCUGCCUGAACUCCGCACAGUCCCUGACCCUACGGCCUCUUUGGCUGUGGGCUGGCAGCUUUGGAAGCUGUUUGGAAGUGCACUACCCCUUCUCCGUGCUUGAAACUUGUCUUGACCAAGCCAGAAGAUGCUUGGCUGGCGUGUGGAGGGGCAGGGGACGAUCCCUGUCCCUGUUGAAUGAGGACCAAAGCCUCCUUGUCCUUUUCCCCACAUGUGUGCUGUCUCUCAUGAUAUUUUCCAGGCUGGCGAGGGAGGAGAGAGUGUGCAAUCCAGUGAGCUCCAAGUCUGGUAACAAGCCUGCCUCCACCUUCUCCUGUGCAGACUCUGAGCCACCCUUGAGGCACCCACCCACUGGGACCUCGUGGAAACCCCUGCAGUGCCCAGGCGGCUGCAAGGAGCCACAGGGCUUUGGUGGCUCCCUGGCAGCUACAUGUGCUGGGAGCCCAAGGCCAUUCCUGCUCCAUUUCCUUUCAUCACUCUUCUCCUCAUGAGGCUGAUCCAAUUGAAAAGAGUCUCCUGCUGCCUACUCUCCCAUCCCUUGCUUGUGCCAUCUGUCCCCAGCACAGCGACAACUUCACAGCUCUGCGCUGGUGGCGUUUUGCUAAAGUCCUUUUGUGCACCUCUUAGCCAGCUAUUUUUAAUCCUCCUGUCUCCACAGGGACUCAGAGUAUCUUCCAAGCUGGUUGUGAUCAUCAAGGAUACAGUUGGAAUCCGUUUUGCAUUGCUGCACCAAGCCACAUGCACACGUACAUGUUCACAUGCCUACACGCACGCCGGCUGCUGUGCCAGACUUCACAGCGCUGUCACUCCCCCCUGUUCAAGGAGACAGGCGGGUAGGGCUGAGCUGAGCACGUCGCACGAACAUGGGUUAUUACGCCAGACUAGGAAGGUAGUGCACAGCCAAGACAAUCAACAGCAAUUAGCCCUUUCGGGAACUCUGCUUGAAACGCUGCAGAGGCUUUGCUGUGCGUGCUGAUUGCUCUUCCUCCUGUCCUUUGGAAGUGAUGGGAGUUGGACAUGCCAAACCACUGGUCAUGUCUGAGCAAAACUUGGUGCCUUGUGUCAUUUCUAUGAGGCUGGGAGGGCUUGGGGGAUGUCUGUGAAUGUUAAAGGCACUUGUGUACUCGAGCAGUGAAGGCAGAUGCUGUCAUUACCUCUGCAACGCCAUCUGGCCGGCAGCGAUGCAGCUCGAACCAGGGCUGUGUGCAGAAGAACAUUUUACAACAGAAAGCAAUUAACCGAAUAAAGCCCUUUUAAAAAUCCUGUAAUUAAAAACAGUCCC